AUGGUGAAGCUGAUCCGGAUUACGCUCCUGCCGUUGACGCCGCGGUGCCUGAUAACGAGCCACAUCAACGACGACUAUUCCCUCCUGAAUGAUGGUGGUGAUGACGAAUCAACUCAUCUUCAAGAGGCUGUGGCGACGAUGCAACAGCGCGAGGUUUCGACAGAGCGUAGCGAAUCUACGGGUUGCGUCAUCUGCAAGGAGACGCUGGCUGAUACCACUACAUGGGACUGCGCCAGCUGCACGCAGUCGUACCACCGUCAUUGCAUCAAGCGAAGCUACGAGUACUGUGACAGAUGCCCCUACUGUCGCGAGAUGAUUACGCUGGACGUUGAAGAUGACGAGUUCAACGGGAAGCCCCUGUACUUCGCUGCGUGGAAGAGCAAGCUGGUGAUCCACCUCGCGGUGCUGAGCGAGCAACGUGCGCUGGAGGAGCUGCAGCACAAGCGUGCAAAGCCGCUGACACGGUUCGACGAUCUGCUCGAAAGACAGCCGGAGCUGCUGCCCCGCCCGCCCGCGGCUAACAAAGAGGUGACAUGGCAGCACGAUUGGCACAAGACGCUGCUGAAUCAGCAGUUGUCGUACAUCAAGCUGCUGCAGUGUGAAACGCUGCCAAGCGGUUUCAAGGAAAUCGCGACCACGCAAAUGGACGAGCCCGUCCAUGUUGUUUGGCGGCUUGUUGAGAAGCAGUACAGCCUCAUCAACGCGGCAGGCACGGUGUACGCCGACUUCAAGAGCGUUGGACAACUCUUUAAAGACCUCAACAACGUGCGCAGCCAGGUCAACGUGAACGCGCACGAGGCCCCGCACACGCACAUGAUCACGUCGAAGAUGAUGCUGGUCAUGGUGCUCGGUGUGCUGCCGAGGCACAUGUGGGGCUUCUCCGUCGAGUUCACGACCGAGGGCUUAGUCCAUAUCAGCGCGCAAAUUAUAUACUACGCCGUGUUGGUGGCGCCGGGCGACGCCUUCCUCGGGUAG